ACGACCAAAAACAAAACACACACACACUCCAUCUCUCUGUCUCUGCGUGUGUCUCUGACGGUUUGGUUUCGACUUUCGUUUGCUACAUUUCAUUUGGUGGCGACCUUACGUUUUUGAGUUUCAGAAAAAGGCACGAGUGUCCGCUGAUACCGCAAAGCCACAGAUCGAACUAAAACCUCAAAGAAUCUUUGUGCUCUCUCUUCAUCAAGCUCCGUCAGAUUCAAUAUCCAUCUUUGUUUACUAUGGGCAAGAGGAAGCUGCCCUCUGAUCACAGCCAGACCCACCCUCCCCCUUUCUCUCCUCAUCCUUCGGACAUCAUGCCAUGUUCUUCGGGAAUGGAAUUACUGUCACAAGAGAAACCUUUGCAUUCUGUUGAUUCUGGCGAACAACUAAAGUCCCUGUCAUCUGUACUGGACUCUACGGAUAGUUCUUUGAAGCUGCUGAACGCCCACCCUUCUGUUGCACAGCAGCAUCAUCCAAGCCUUGGCCGAUCAACCUUCUUUAAACGCUCACGUCAUCACUAUGCCCAUCAAUACUCUCGGCGUAACUCAGGCAAUCUUGCUAACACAUCAACUUCUCGUGGAAAAGGAGUACCUUUACGUGAUGAUAAGCUCUCUUAUAAGUUGGCUACUCAAAGCAACUCCGAGUCCAGACGUCAUUCAGAAAUUAGGGAAAACCCCUUUCUUCGGCAACCCAGAAUUAGGUCUAGUUACUUGACAACCGAUGCUGCAUCACCUGAUCCGGGGAAGAUGGUAUGUGAGAUUUGUGAGAAGCUGUUGAGGCGUAAACCUUUCUUACUUGGUAGCACGCUGUCUUCCACUGAAGUCUCUGUUGUGGCGGUUUUAGGUUGCGGCCAUGCUUAUCAUGCAGAUUGUUUGGAGCAGAAAACAAGUUUUGAAGAUAGACGCGACCCGCAUUGUCCGUUGUGUCUUGGAUUGUUGCCCAAGGUUGAAGAUUCAAGAGAGCAGGUCUAGGGAAGGUGGUGAUUGGAUUGGAAGCCUUUGAGGCAGAAACCGUAUUUUCUUGGUAGCACCUGUCUUUUGCUGAACUCUCUGGCAACUUUUGUUUGUGGCCAUCUUUCAUGGCAGACUUGGGGCACAAUACAAGUUGGAAGAAAGAUGCAACCCACCUCGUCCUUUGUGUGGGCCUGAGGUUCAAGGUUCGAGAAGGCAGGAAUAGUUUGCAAAGUCUGCAACUUUACUCCAUUAAUAGCCUAGUACUGACUAUCUAGAUGAGAGGUCCACAGUAAGAAAUAUUGGAAGCUUUUGAGCAGACUAACUAUGACAGACAAAAACUCUCCGUUUGAUACUGUUAAUGUAGUUUGUAUGAAGUAGUUAAUGACUGUUUUUUAUGCCUGGCAGUUAGGGGAAGCAACUUUGUGGUCGUGUAAUUUUCUAAUGCUAGUUCAUGUCAUUUUCUGGAUGCCAUUAAUAAUAUAAUUUGUACAUUCGUCUUA